GACGACGACGACGAGAACACCUGGACCCCGCUCCAACUCGCGGCAGCGCAAGGCGACCUACCGCUAGUGAAGCAGCUCCUAACCCAGCAGCCACCACCACCGCAGAACGACCCCAACUCCGCGCCGCGGGGCUACUACGGCCAAACCGCGCUGCAAGCGGCCUCGCUCAACGGCCACCUCGCCGUCGUCGAGACGCUCUUACGCGCCGGCGCGGCCGUCGACCUCCCCGGCGGCAACAACGGGGGCCGGACGGCGCUCGUCCUGGCCGCGGGCGCGGGCCAUCUCGGCAUCGUGCGCCACCUGGUCGACGCGGCGGGGGCGGAGAUCAACCGCCCGGCUCACAGGUACAACGGGCGGACGGCGCUGCAGGCCGCGGCGGAGGGGGGCCAUGUGGCGGUGCUGCGGUGGCUGCUGGCGCGCGGGGCGGACGUCAACGCGCGGCCGGCCGGCAACCGCGGGCGCACGGCGCUGCAGGCCGCGGCGAGUGAGGGCCACGACGCGGUGGUGGAACUGCUCCUGCAGCAUCCGGACAGGGUCGAGGUGAACGCCCCCGCGGUCCGGUAUCAGGGGGUCACGGCGCUGCAGGGCGCGGCGUUGGCGGGACACCGCGCCACGGUGCGGCGGCUGCUGGCCGCGGGCGCGGACGUGAAUGCCCCCGGCGGCCAGUACAAGGGCUACACGGCGCUGGAUGCCGGGGCGGAU